GGGAMGAGAUUCCACGCAGCARAUCUAAUGGUCCUGUUAUYRCUUAUGAARUUAACCAGACCUUAUCGAGAAGGCAGAAAGCUAGGAGAUCUAUUGAUACUGCAGUUCAAGUGAAGCUGAUGAACUCCUCGUGUUGUAGUCUUUAUUUGCAUGAUCUACUGGUUUGCGCUGAGUAUCUCAUAUCAAUAAAAGGAUACACAACGGCUGGACCCGGACCUGCCAGUAACGUCACAUCCCUAGAAACUUCUGCCCCAGGUCCUCCCUCAGGUCUUGAGGUGUUGACAACGAAGAAAAGAAUAAUUUCCUUAAGAUGGCAAAAACCUGAAUCAGUUACAGAAACAAUAAAGAGCUAUACGAUUUCAUUUGAAGGAAAGAAAAACUACAACAGUAGUUUUGUACACAGCGGUUUACUUUUGGAUGAAUCCACAGAGAAAGAGAUACCAAACCUAUAUCCAGGUACUCUUUACACGUUCCAAGUGUCUGCCACCACUGCUUGUGGUAAAGGAGACUACAGUCUAUCGUCAUCCAGCAAUACUAAGGUCGAUGCUCCACCUGCUCCUGUUGUUSGAUUUGUUGGUAACAUCACGUCAGAAGUGAACAACAUCACAGUUUGGGAAAGUUCUGACAUCAAUGGACCAAUCAAGGCUUACCAGAUCACUGUUAUAAACGUAGAUGAAACCUCUUCUAUCGAUGAAACGAAACUAAAAAGAUACGAAGAAGCAGAAAAAGGAAAACUGCACUUCUACAUUGCAGCAGAACUAAGAGAAGAAAAUGGCAAGAAAUUUCCAACAUUUUUCACUCUUGGAGACGAGAAAGAAUACCAUGGAUACAAAAAUGUGAAACUGAAGCAUGGGACAAAAUAUCAAAUCUCACAAAGAGCCAUGACGAUUCAAGAAGAUGGGGGAAAGAAGACUUUCUUACCCGGGCUUUCGGCUUUGAUCGCCACAGGACAAGUUCCAGUAAAUAAAGGGGGUGGCAAGACACAAACAGGUGAYACCAAUAAUGGAGCGACUAAAGCUGCGAUAGGUGGGGUGGUAGCUGUCCUCCUCGUGGUUGCUGUAAUUGCAGGUGCAAUAUUCUUCUGGAAAAGGCGAAAAGGAGAAAGGACGAGAAAAAACGAAAGAGAAAGUCUAGAUGAUCUUGAUAAUGCCCUGGACUUAAACGACAUUCAAAACGAACAAGACAAGAAAGGGUCUUCUACACCUAACAGUAGAACGAACCUUGUUGAUCAAGGGCCAAACGGAGCAAGUAAUAAGCAAGGUGGUGGGAGUACUAACGGCGCAUUACAUGACGAAGAUGCAGAUCUGUACAGUAAUGCCGAGACUGUACGACAUCAACCUAUCCCUAUCAACAAGUUCCCUCRCUUCGUCACUGAAAAGAAAUCAGGAGACCAUUCCUUCAAGGAGGAAUUCAAGACUUUAUCAAAUGGUCAACAAUAUCCUUGGGACAAUGCAAGAACACCAAUAAACAAACCUAAGAACAGAUAUGCCAACAUUAUAUCAUAUGACCACUCGCGUAUUAUUUUACAAGAUUCAGAGGAUGGUUCAGACUACAUUAAUGCUUCCUACAUACAUGGAUUUGAUGGAACCCCAAGAACUUACAUUGCUUCACAAGGCCCGAUUCCAACAACAGUGUCAGAUUUCUGGCUCAUGGUGUGGCAAGAAAAAGUCAAGACUGUUGUUAUGUUGACCAAUCUGAUGGAAGCAGGCAGGGUCAAGUGUCAUCAAUACUGGCCUGAUAGUAAAGACACAUAUGGUCCAAUGACAGUCAUUCUCCAUCGAUCUGAUGUACUUGCUGACUAUGUCGUCAGGGUAUUCUUCGUGUCUAAGAGAGGCGAAGAGGGAAAAAUCCAGGUUAACCAUUUCCAGUACACUGCCUGGCCUGACAAGGGAGUGCCACAGCAUGCUACUUCGGUGCUUGGGUUCAGACGAAAAGUCCGUGCAAACUAUGCUUCUGUUGGAGGAGAGGGACCACUGUUGGUACAUUGCAGUGCUGGUGUUGGUCGCACAGGGGCCUUUAUUGCUGUGGACGCGAUGCUGGAGCGAACAAGAAAGGACAAGACUAUCGAUAUUUUUAACUUUGUCCAAAUGAUGAGGAAUAACCGUAUUACAAUGGUCCAGACCGAGGAACAAUAUGCCUUCGUGCACUAUGCUGUCCUCGAAGCUUURACCUGCGGUAACACAGAAGUACCUGUCAUGAAUCUGAACAUCGUGAUGGGCAAGUUAUCCAAACCAAGACCCAAAGACCAAAUGAUUGGCUACGAAGUGGAAUUUAAGCGUCUUAAUCACAUAUCUCCAGCACUCCUUACUGAGGAAUCAAGCGAAAUUGGACAAAGAGAAGAAAACAUGGCAAGAAACAGAUAUCCUGAUGUUAUACCAUUGGACUGUGCGCGGGUACUUUUGUCGAACGAAAAACAAAAUUAUAUCAACGCCUCCUUUGCCAAUGCGUAUCGAGAGCGUAACGCGUUCAUCAUGACCCAAGCACCUUUGGAAAACACCAUCUAUGAUUUCUGGCAUAUGGUCUUUCAGUACAAGAUUGGUUCAGUUKUGAUGCUCAAUAUCUUGCAAGAAGAAGACGAGAUCUUCACUCCAUAUUUGCCAUCUGAAGGCAAACAGUCCUAUAACCGUAUUAGUAUCGAGAUAACAGAUAUUGAAACCAAGGGACCGCUAGUGAUCAAGAAAUGUAAACUGGUACAUCCAAUGGAACCACAAGCGCCCCAUAACUUCAUUCACGUGCAGCAUACAAAGUGGCCCAAUCAAGGUAUACCAGAGAGUUCUCAAAGUGUCCUUGAUAUGGUGACGAUAGUGCAAAGGUCACAGCAACAAAGUGGCAACACGCCCAUUGCAGUACAGUGCAGUGACGGGGUUGGAAGAAGUGGUACCUUUGCCGCCGUGUACUCUUUACUGGAGAGAGUGAAAACAGAGCAAGUUAUCGAUGUUUUCCAAGCAAUUAAGGUCCUUCGCCUUGGAAGGCCCAAUGCCGUCAAAACACUGGUGCAAUACAAGUUCUGCUAUAUGAUGGUUCAAACCUACCUGGAUUCAUUCAAUGAUUAUGCCAACUUCAGUGAAGUAUAAAACARGUUGUAUUUAGGACUUAAACUAGCUACAGUUGACUGAGCAAAGUUCAGCCUAUCUCAUUCAGCAUCAUAAUAGGCCAUUUACAUGAAAUGCUUAUAUUCUGCAUGAAUGGAAUGUCAAAUAUGAAUAACUCCAAAUACUCCAUUUUACAGUUCCGUUCAGUGACCACGAAUAAUAGCUCCAAGCCGAGGCUGGAGUUACCGCGCAUAAUAAACUGUAGUUUUGCUAUGCGCGGUAACUCCAACCUCGACAUGAAACUAUUCUAUUCGUGGUCACUGAACGGAACUGUAAAAUUGACUAUCGAAUGGUUUGCAACCACUUCCAACGGGGUGGCCAUGUUGGUACCCUGGGUUACAGAGGCUCUCCCGCUCCGGUGCUUCUCGGGCGCUUUUUCCAGAGUCUCUGAAAUCCAGAGUACCAUGUUGGUAAUAUUAACAAAGAAAGCUAAUAAGAAAUAGUUUAUUGAAUAGAAUACGACAAAUACGGCGACCAUAAAUAACUUAGGCCUAGGGCAAACAUCGAACUUUCCAUGCACCGAACUCAUUAAAAACAAUGGAUAUCAGGUGAUAAUGAGAUGGCAUUCUUUGAUGUAAUUAAGUUCGGUGCAUGGAAAGUUCGACGUUUGCCCUAGGCUUUAACGCGCAAACAGAGAAUACUUAAUAUCGAAAAAAAAAAAAGUGUUUUGCCUCCAAAUGAUGGUCAUA